AUGGAGGCACCAUCGUCAACCCAACCCGGUAACCAGGCCAUUCAGUUUCCAACGCUUGAAAUACUGAACCCUACCGAACCCCACACCUUCAUCAACCCCGCCAAACGCAUCAACGACGGACCAGAUGUGAAGGCUUUUUUAAAGUCGAAGGCGUACCGCGACAUAGGAACCUUCGUCUUGCAGCUCAACCGGGCCAUGUGUCCAAGAAAGGUCACGGAUCAAGAUGGCAACGAAGUGAUCAAGACUUUCCAGAUUGGUUCGGAGAGCGAGACACAACCCGCCGAACCAGCCAGGAAACUUCAACAAAUGCUUUCCAAGAUCAACUCAUUCAUCGACGAAGCGCCUCCUGAUCCAGGCCCUCGACGUUUUGGAAACGUGAGCUUUCGCAAAUGGUAUAAGCUCCUGGAUGAGAGGGUGCAGUCGUUGCUCGACGAGUAUAUGCCAGAGCCCGUGCUCAAGUAUGGCUCAACUUCAAAACACACGGAAGCUACGGCGGCAGAUGAGUUGAAGGCCUAUCUUUUAGGGAGUUUUGGAAGUCAGCAAAGACUCGACUACGGAACAGGACAUGAGCUGAGCUUUCUCGCAUUCUUGGGCUGUCUGUGGAAGCUCGGUGCGUUCCAGGACGGAAAUCCAAACGGCGACACGGAACGGAAUCUAGUACUCGGUGUAUUCGAACCCUACCUCCGCGUAGUUCGUCGACUUAUCUUGACGUACAACUUGGAACCCGCGGGCUCUCACGGAGUCUGGGGAUUGGACGAUCAUUCGUUCCUCCCAUACGUCUUUGGUUCGGCCCAGCUCACCCGUGCAAUCAAAGAAGACGAGCCUAUGCCUCUUGAGGGCUCUCUUUUCCGUGUCCCCAAACCUGCACUAGUAGCAAAAUCAGAUCAUGUCGAGGAGGAGCGAAAGAGAAACAUGUACUUCUCUGCGAUAGGUUUCAUCAACGAUGUCAAAACUGGGCCGUUUUGGGAACACAGCCCCAUACUGUUCGACAUCUCGGGCGUACGAGACGGUUGGGGCAAAAUCAACAAGGGAAUGAUCAAGAUGUUCAACGCUGAAGUCCUCUCCAAGUUUCCUGUCGUCCAACAUUUUACGUUCGGUUCCCUAUUCUCAUGGGAUCAAGACCCGGGCGCUGCAGAGCCGCAGAACUCGAUCCAUCUAGCGAAUCAGCCUAGGGCCUCACAAGGAACGAUGCCAGCCCCUGGCGGCGCUGCUGGUACAGCUGCUCCAUGGGCCCAAGCAACAAGCAUGCCACCUAGUGGACCUGGCGUUCCUUAUUCCACAGCUCCGUGGAUUAGCGGCCAAUCUUCCAUGCGACCACCUCCCCCAACUCGACCAACCGGUACGCAAAUGCCACCGAUAAGAUCUUGGGCAAAAGGAAAUAAUCGAUGA